CCCAGCAGCCGCGGCGGUCGAGCGCGGGGAGGGAGGGGAGAGCGGGUCACGACGUUGCCGGGGCGGGGAUAACCCCUCACGUGGAGCAGAUGAAAGGGCCGCGGCGCGACGGCCGUGGGAGCCCAGCCGAGCCUGCGACCCACAAAGCCGCCGCCGCCGCCGCGAUGGGGCUGUGAGGCGUCCGCCCGCGCUCGGUCCUCCACCGGCCCGCGACUAUGCCCGGCCGCGCCCGCCCUCCGCGCCCUCCCGCCGCAGGACCAUGAGGCCGCGCUCGGGCGGGCGCCCAGGGGCCCCGGGCCGCCGCCGCCGCCGCCUCCGCCGCCGCCCCCGCGGCCCCCGCGGCCGCCGCCUGCCGCCGCCGCCGCCGCUGCCGCUGCUGCUCGGGCUGUUGCUCGCGGCCGCGGGGCCGGGCACGGCGCGGGCCAAGGAGACGGCGUUCGUGGAGGUGGUGCUGUUCGAGUCGAGCCCGAGCGGCGACUACACCACCUACACCACCGGCCUCACGGGCCGCUUCUCGCGGGCCGGGGCCACGCUCAGCGCGGAGGGCGAAAUCGUGCAGAUGCACCCACUGGGCCUGUGUAACAACAAUGAUGAAGAGGACCUGUAUGAAUACGGCUGGGUCGGAGUGGUGAAACUGGAACAGCCGGAGCUGGACCCGAAGCCAUGCCUCACUGUCCUCGGAAAGGCCAAGCGAGCUGUGCAGCGGGGAGCCACUGCUGUCAUCUUCGAUGUGUCCGAAAACCCGGAAGCUAUUGACCAGCUGAACCAGGGCUCAGAAGACCCGCUCAAGAGGCCGGUGGUGUAUGUGAAGGGUGCAGACGCGAUCAAGCUGAUGAACAUCGUCAACAAGCAGAAAGUGGCGCGCGCGCGGAUCCAACACCGUCCCCCUCGACAACCCACUGAGUACUUCGAUAUGGGGAUUUUCCUGGCUUUCUUCGUCGUGGUCUCCUUGGUCUGCCUCAUCCUCCUUGUCAAAAUCAAGCUGAAGCAGCGACGCAGUCAGAAUUCCAUGAACAGGCUGGCCGUGCAGGCCCUGGAGAAGAUGGAAACCAGGAAGUUCAACUCCAAGAGCAAGGGGCGCCGGGAGGGGAGCUGCGGGGCCCUGGACACGCUCAGCAGCAGCUCCACGUCUGACUGUGCCAUCUGCCUGGAGAAGUACAUCGAUGGGGAGGAACUGCGGGUCAUCCCCUGCACUCACCGCUUUCACAGAAAGUGCGUGGACCCCUGGCUGCUGCAGCACCACACCUGCCCCCACUGUCGACACAACAUCAUAGAACAAAAGGGAAACCCGAGCGCCGUGUGCGUGGAGACCAGCAGCCUGGCGCGCGGGCGGCAGCAGAGGGUGAUCCUGCCGCUGCACUACCCGGGCCGCGUGCACAGGGCCGGCGCCGUGCCUGCCUACCCCACGAGGACCAGCAUGGACGCCCACGGGAAUCCGGUCACGCUGCUGACCGUGGACCGGCGCGCGGAGCAAGGCCUCUUCCCGCCACAGACCCCCGCCUACAUCCGCGGCUACCCGCCCCUCCACCUGGACCACGGCCUGGCCGCACACCGCUGUGGCCUGGAGCACCGGCCCUACUCGCCCGCGCCCCCCUUCCGCAGGCCCAAGUUCAGCGGCCGCAGCUUCUCCAAGGCAGCUUGCUUCUCGCAGUACGAGACCAUGUACCAGCACUACUACUUCCGGGGCCUCAGCUACCCCGAGCCCGAGGGGCAGCCUCCUGCCAGCCUGGCCCCCGGGAGCCCGGCACGAGCCUUCCCCCCGGGUGGCGGUGGCGGCGGCGGCAGCCUGCUCUUCGCGCCCGCGGCCCCGGCCUCGCCCCUGGAGAGCGGCAGCGCGUCCAGCUUCAGCUGCUACCACGGCCACCGCUCGGUGUGCAGCGGCUACCUGGCCGACGGCCCGGGCAGCGACAGCAGUAGCAGCAGCAGCAGCGGCAGCUCGGGCCAGUGCCGCUGCUCGUCCAGCGACUCGGUGGUGGACUGCACGGAGGUCAGCAACCAGGGCGUGUACGGCAGCUGCUCCACCUUCCGCAGCUCGCUCAGCAGCGACUACGACCCCUUCGUCUACCGCAGCCGCAGCCCGUGUCGCACUGGCGAUGUGGGGGGCUCGGGCCGGGGCCCCGUGGUGCGCCUCGAUGGCUCCCCAGCCCCCGAAGAGCUCCCGGCCUCAGCCCGGGGCCCCGGCGCCGCGCGAGGGGAGCCCUGGCCCGGGCCCGUCUCAGUCUCGGCCUCCGCCUCGGGGGACCAGCUGUCCACCUGCAGCCUGGAGAUGAACUACAGCAGCAGCUCCUCCCUGGAGCCCCGGGGGUCCCACAGCUCUACCUCACAAGGGGGGCUCGAGGCCUCCUCCGGCACCGCCCCGGACCUCAGGAGGACCUGGAAGGGGGCCCGGGAGGGGCCGUCGUGCGCCUGCUGCUGCGAGCCCCCAGCCCCCGCCCCAGAGCCCGGCGCGGGGGCGGCCGGGGGCGGCGCCUUGUACCUGGGCCCCGCGCCCUGUGAGGGGUGCGGCCCCCCGGGCAGGGAACCACAGCCCACAAGCUCCCAGGGCCUGUACGGCCUUCACCCGGACCAUCUGCCCAGGACGGACGGGGUGAAGUACGAGGGCCUGUCCUGCUGCUUCUAUGAAGAGAAGCAGGUGGCCCGCGGCCGCGGGGGCGGCGGCGGCUGCACCGAGGACUGCUCGGUGCGCGUGCAGUACACGCUGGCCCAGGAGCCCCCGCCCGGCUGUCACCCCGGGGCCCGGGACCUGAGCCAGCGCGUCCCCAUCAUUCCAGAGGAUGUGGAUGGCGACUUGGGCUUGCCCUCUGACUGCCGGGGGACCCGUGGCCUCAGCCCCUGGGAGGGGGCGCUGCCCGGUCCGGAUGCCCUGUGGCCCCACAGGGGCCUGGGAGCAGCCCAAGAAGAAGAUCGAGUUCUGUGCUGCCCAGCCAGGGCACCACGGCCACCUGGCUGCCCUCCGGAGGAUGUGGGGGCCCCCAGGGCCAGCUCCCCCAGAGCCCUCCGGGACACUCGGGAAUCCAGCGCCACAGCCCCCGAGGCUGCAGGACUGAUAUCUCGCCCGGCAGACAGCAGCAGCCCUGGAGCCUGAGCUCCGAAGGAACUCUUCCUUGGAAAUGGGAACUGUAUGGAGACUCCAAACUCUGACUUCCUACAGAAAAAAGAAAACAAAAAAAAAUUUUUUUUUAGCUUUGACAAACACAAAAGUGGUAAUAAAGAGAGCCCUCCUUCUCAACCCAAAAUGUGAGCCACCUCUGGCAAACCGCCCCCCCCCCCAACCAUUAACAAACCAACAGACAAAAUUCUGAGUCUUCUGCCUCUUUGAUAACAUGUUACUCUUCUGUUUUGUAAAGUGUGUGUGCUUGGGGUUCCGAGGUGUGUGGGAUUGACUUCUCUGCUUUUAUUUUUUUUUUAAAGAUAUUAUAUGUAAAUGUAAAAAGUUAUUUAAAUAUAUAUUUUAAAGAACCCUAACUGCCAACUUUUGCUGAAAAAAAAAAUCACUGCUGCAUUAACCACAUCAUGUGUAGAUACUGUUGUCUCCCUGGAGGGAGCUCAGGCCUUUGAAAAGCUCAGGGCUACACCUGCCUUAGAAAAUGAACCAGAAACUUGAAGUAAAGCUAGUUGAUAUGGGUACAAACUCUGAGGAACAAUGCAAUGCUGCCUCUUUCUUUCUCGUGGCAAAUCCCAACGUACAAAGCGUCAGGCCUCCUCGGAAGCCAGGCCUGUCCAGCCCGCACCUGCAGGCCGUUGAUGGCAACAGCCAGGGGUCGGGCGGAAGGCCUGCCGCACUGGGGAGUCGGGACAAGCCAUUGCUACGUAAGCCCUGGGGUGACAGGGGCUUUUGGUCCCCUUGUCGCCCCUGUCCCCUCUGGUCUGCGUCCUAGAUAGGACAGAGCCCUGAUCUUGGGCUUCUCGCCACUGGCUGCAGAGAUGGUUCGAUGUGGGGUGUGGGGACAGACACCCAGGAGGAAUGAAUGUACAUGGUUUUGCAGCCUCGGUGUCUGACCCAAGUUAGGGGAGAGGAGGGAUGGAGGGCACCCUGGCGCAGAGUGGGCUUGUGCGCAUGCGUCCCAGCGGGCGCGGCCACGCCCCCGGACUGUUCCGACUUUGGGAUAUCUUCCUAGGGGCGCGUGGCAGGGACCCCAUAGGGUCUGAGCUCCGUAUGAAAGUUUCCCAUCCUAUCGCUUCAGGGUUGUUCAGCCCUCUGCCUCAUGGCUGAAAUUGCUCAUCUCGCCUGCAAAUGUCUACUAUCCUUUCUACCUAAUGCACUAUUAUGUAUUGAUUCUCCAUGAGACAGAAAGAGACUAUCAGAUAGUUUAGCCCCAAAGGGUAGGUUUUUGUAUAUUGUUCCAGCCUUUCGUUGUUUUCUUUUGUUGUUGUCGUUUUAAGAGGGAGGGAGAGUUUAAAAACCCAAACCAUUUUUAAAAAGAUGUUUCCAUUUUAAAAGGGAGAAUCUAUUCAAAGCUGUUUCAGAUCAGGGAUCAUUAGCCUGUUUGUCCAACGUAUUUCUUGUCCUUAAAAAAGAAAAGUGUUUUUUUUUUUUUUAAAGGAAACUAAUCACCUUAGCCCUUGUGUCUGCUAACUCUUCUGGUCAUUUCUGCUUAUUCAUUUAUUCAGCAGGUGUUUGUUGUCAUCUGAAAUGCUCAUUUGCCGAAUAGAACCUUGAGUCCUGGCCCCCCCGCAUAAGUGGGGAAGCGGAGACCUCUGCCAGGGGGCUGUAAGACUCUUCUCCAGUCUGCCCCAGGGGAGGUCAGCCCAGGCUCUGCACCAGAACAUUCUGAAUGAGAAUCUUAUUGAAUCCCUUUCUUAAAAAGCCCAGCCUGUGGUGAGGACAUCUACUUACUUCUGGCCAGGAUUUGUCAGAAAGAAAUCUCAGCAUCAAACAAUUGAGCCAUCUGCCCAUUAAGGGGCUCACUGUGGUGAGAUUUGUCCCCUAGUCUCUGCUGUGGGACAUCCCUCUGAGGCCACCCCCACCCCCAGCCCCACCUGUGCCUGGCACACCUGUUGGUGAGGGUGUGGGCAGCGCCUGAGCGGGUGACGUGUAAUCUGGGCCGCCUUUAUUCCUGGGGCCGAAAGUAGCAGCUGCAGAGGACAGCAACUUGCAUAGGGAACGGGUGGGGGCUUCUAACACGGACUACAAAAGGCAGCUUCUCAUUGUUGAGAUUCUGUUUGUUUGUGGUUUUGUGUUUUUUGUUUGUUUGUAAUGCCUUCGAGUGCAUAUUCUCCUCUUUGUCUGAAACCCGACCCCCCAAAGUGGCUUGCUUUAGUCCCAACUGGGGAAAAAAAAACUCCUCAACAGCCUUAAGCAAUAAAUGGACGAGGAGAACAUGUGGCUUCAACUGGGCUUAUUAGAAUAAAUGUGUCCAAUUUUCAUUUGAAAAGAACAGUGACUACAGAUGGCAAAAGAAACGCAUUUAAUUUUCAUAUUUUAUAGGGUGGUAGAAACAGAAGAAUGAAUUUUUCAGACUUUGAAAUCUCUAACCAUUGUCUUAAAUCUGUGUUGGGUCACAAAGCGUAAUGACCCAACUAUAUUGCCUCACCGUUCAAGUCAAAAGAACUGUCUUCUUUGAAGUCGUAAGACUCCAAUAAUGAUGAGUAUCUUUUCUCAGUGGCCUCUCCGUGGCCUCUCUGUGGCGUGUGGGGAUUAUGUAGACGUGGAAACUGGAAGCCUCGAAUCUUCCAUUGAGAACCACCCCCUACACACACACACACCCAUGAGCAGGAAUGUGACUGUUGGGCGUGGUCCAAUGGCCCAGCCUUGGGUGUAGGGCAGCCAUGUAGAUUAAAAAGUGCUGGAACCAGUGGAAAAUGGGGGUUGGGGAGUUCUGGUCCACCAGGUACCUCUUUGUGGCCACAGCCCUGGGAUGCUGGCCUUAACUCUCCGUCUCUUCGCCUCUCCCUUACCUUGACCCUGACCCUAACCCACGCCGUUUUAUAAAGCUCCUUCUGCUGCCCACUGCCCACACCCUCCCUAAUGUGCUGCUAGCCCCUACUCAAAGCUCAUGCAGGACUAAUGCUUUUAAAAUGAGGUCUAAAAAAUAAUUAGUAAUCAAGAGUAUUAUUUUUGACACAGAACUGCCUUUUUCUAUUCUUUAUAUAAACUCUAUUGUAUUGGUCUAACAAGGCACUAUUUUAAAAUGUUUUUUUUUAAAAAUAUUUCUCCCAUAGCACUUAAAAGAUAUUUUGUAAAGACUUGCUGUAAAGAUUUUGUAAUAAAGUUGUCUAAGGGCUCCUU